AUGGAGCGAACGCACCGCCUGGAGCUGUUCCCCGACCGCAGCGUCACGCUGCUCCUCUUCCAGCACGUGAAAAACGCCGCUGCUCUGCGGAAAAAGGCCAUGGAAGGCUCCAUUGACGGAGCACUGAUAAACCCUGCCAUGAUUGUAGAUACUUUUCAGAUUCUAGUGGCAGCCAACAAAGCAGUGCAUCUACAGAAGAUAGGUAAAAUGAAGACCAGAACACUCUAUGCAGAAAUUAUUUUCAGCCUUUCACCAAGCAACAAUAUUUCAGAUGCAUUUAAAAAGUUUGGCAUUUCAGACAGCGACACCGCAGUACUCAUUGUGCUGGUUGUGGAUGGAGACAAGACUGUAAAUCUGGCAGAUAUAGCAUCUCAAGUGGAAGGGCAGCAGGUUUCCCUAGAUGAACUCCCCCAGCUAACAGACACUGCCAAAGUUAAAAAGAUGUACAAAGUCACUCCACAGGAAGAAAAAAUCGGCACUUUAUUGGAGAGUGUUGUUUGCAGAAUGUCAACAAAAGAUGUUUUGUGAAAAUGUGGAAAUAAAUUUCAGAGGAAGUGAAGUAGUACUGAGUAAUUUGAUGACAUCUUUAACCCAGCUUGGACACCAGGGUAACUGAGCUGUGUUAUAAGCACAGAGAGCAUGCCAAGCAGAAUUUCCCAUUGGCAUUUCUUCCUUUUUCUUGACAAGGGAGAAUUGGCAGUACUUUAAGCUGAACUUAAACAAAAGGCUUGGAAAUCUGUACUUUUGUCUUUUGUCAAAUGUUUUGAUAGUCCCAAGAGGGCUCAAACAUUGUAAAUCAUUUUUAUUAAAUGUGCUCUGAUUUGUUUUGGCAACCUGGUGGAUGAUAUCCUUUUAGCAAUACUACUGCCAGAAAAGGCAUCUCUGCAGCCCAAGUAUUUCUGAUGGACUAGAAAGAGGAAAUUUUCCAUAAACAAUCAGCAGCAUCUCCCUCUUUGUGCUGAUGGUGCUGCCCACCCUUUGAGGACAGGAGGAGGCAGAGGGGCGCCGUGCUGGCCAGUGGCAGUGUGAAUCAGGGGCAUCAGAGAUGUGUACACUGAAGAAUCAGGUCUGUGUGGAUAAUGCUGUGGUGGUGUUAGCUCCUGACAGUCUGAUGUUGUCCAUUGCUGGCUUUAAAGGAUAAGGAGUGGUGCUUUUACUUCAGGACACUGAUUUAUGCAUGUUGGUGCUGCACUCAUAGAGCCUGGUUGCGGGUGUAGAAUUCAUGGACAAAUUUGCACCAUAGUUUGUAUCCACUUAAGUUGUCAAUAGAGCUUGCACAGCAUUCUGAAAGGACAUAAAACUUGUCCUGGUUCUUUGAACCGCUACUGGGAAAGGCCAUCAAAGGGAACUAGGAGGACUACUGAAUUCCAGAAGUCACCAGGUGCAACAGCUCUGAACAUGUAUGCAUCCUGUUUAAGUAAAACUAUUCUCCUAAUAGGUAGAAAUCAAUACUGUUUGUUAUUUUUAUGUUGUAUUGUUUUUCUGGGAUGUGCAUAAAACUAUAGCUGUCUCCA